UUAAUGGUGUGUAGCUCAUGCCCUUUGGUGUUAUUGUUGGUUGUACUGCUGCGGAUGCUGCUGACUUUUUGCCCGACUCUGUCAGUCAUGUUGACUAGAAAACACUGUUUUAUUUGUUUAUAACUACGUGAUAUCUUGCCCGUUGUUCAAAUAAAAAAACGUUGUUAUCUAUGGGCCUGGUUAAGUUUGAGAUGGCUGAAUAUGGUUCUAGCGUUCGAUAGUUUAGUAUAGCCACUAAAUACAUUUAAAUAUUCACCUUAAUUAAGCUCAAUUAAAAUAGUUUGAAGAAAUGUUUGAAUUCAACGAUUCGUUAAUAAUCGAUUCAGCGGUGCCAUCUCUAAAAUCGAUUAGUCGAUACACGCCGGCGAUACAUCUAUCGAUAACUGCGGCGGCCCUAUAAGAAUAGCUUUUUGUGGGGCUGUCAGCUCAUUCAUCUUUUUCAUCACUUUUCCAGCAGAACUUUAGGCAUUUAAGCAACCGAAACAGUAUUACGCGUUUUCAAAUAUUUCCGUUUACACGUAGAACUCUCUUCACAUUCCGCUGACGGCAGGGACCGCGGAGCGGCGAUAAGCAACAAGUGUUUCAGUCGGGAAUUCCAGAACAAAACAGAAACCGAAACCGAGCUCCGCUGAAAGCUGUUUUCUGUUUGUUUACCCGGAAUCAGUGUCCAAGAACGUGGCACAUUUCGCCCUGUCGCCCGUCUUCGGUUGAGUGCGCAUCUGCUGUUGGAGCGACGAGUAAACAAUUAAGAAACUUGUUCCCACCCCGCACACGCGAAAAUAAGUCUUUGGGAAGCGAUACCAGCCGGAGACGAGCACGAGAGGCUGAAAGAUGAUUCCAGGCUACGGACCCGUGACCCAGGCCCUGCUGGGCACCCUGCUCACCUGGGGCCUGACGGCCGCUGGCGCCGCAUUGGUGAUCUUCGUCCGUGGCAACCAGCGGAGGUCACUAGACGCGGCUCUGGGAUUCGCAGCGGGAGUUAUGAUUGCGGCUUCCUUCUGGUCUCUGCUGAAGCCAGCCAUUGAAAUGGCGGAGGGCUCUCACCUCUACGGGGUCUACGCUUUCCUGCCCGUGGCCGGAGGAUUUCUGCUGGGAUCCAUUUUUGUGUACGGAUGCGACAAGCUGAUGUCGUAUCUGGGCCUCAACAGCACCAACAUGAUGAUCCAGAUGACGCAGACGAACAAGGACAAGGCGGACAUAGCUAUUGAUGACCUCAAGCGCAAUGGCGGCACAGACCGACUGGCCUCCAAGAGCCUGGACAGCUUCUCGGACUGCCUGAGCGUGCAGCACAGUGGGGAGUCGCGGCGUCGCAAGAAGGGCGGCAGCAUCAACGAGAUGGAGCAGUGCACCUACACCACGCCCGAGGAGCAGCAGCGCGCAGCAGAAGCGCUGUCACAGUGGAAACGCAUCAUGCUGCUGGUGGUGGCCAUUACUGUGCACAACAUACCCGAGGGAUUGGCCGUGGGCGUUAGCUUCGGAGCUAUUGGCACCACCAACUCUUCGACAUUUGAGAGCGCACGCAACCUGGCUAUUGGCAUUGGCAUUCAGAACUUCCCCGAGGGACUGGCCGUCAGCCUGCCCCUGCACGCUGCCGGAUUUAGCGUGGGACGGGCCCUGUGGUACGGACAACUAUCCGGCAUGGUGGAGCCUAUUUUCGGAGUGUUGGGCGCUGUGGCCGUGACUUUUGCCAACCUAAUUCUGCCCUACGCGUUGUCCUUUGCGGCUGGAGCUAUGAUCUACAUUGUGUCGGACGACAUUCUGCCGGAGGCGCAUGCCAGCGGAAAUGGAACGAUUGCCACAUGGGGCACGGUCUCCGGCUUCCUGAUAAUGAUGUGCCUGGAGGUGGCGUUGUCGUGAGGAGCCACCGGCACCAUUUCGCCCGCCUCGCAGAACUCACAAACCACUAACUAGUGUAAACUGAAGGAUUCCAUUGUACUUAACGCAAACUUCUGGCUUGUAAAUAUAAGCGGGCAUUGUACAAAUCUCAGAACCAGAAGCGUCUGGCUAGCAGGCGGCAUUAACCGGAGCCCACACCCAUACGAGAAUCUAAUUAUUCUAACAUAGAGAGUAAGUUUUAUAGAAAAAAAAGAAGCUUGACAACUGCGGUGCCGCAAUGGCAUCGGUGCAUCUGUGUAUUCCCAGCGAGUUAUGUAAAUGACCAGAGAAGCCCUGCUUCUCGGAAAGAUUGUAAACAAACGUGCAUGUGAAUUAGGUUUUAAGUUGUCACCGGCGUCCAGUGGCUUGUUGUCGUCUCUUUUUAAACAGUCUAAUGUUUAAGCAAUAAAUACGAAUCGCAUUCAAAUGAG